AUAUACACUGAGACGGAGAGAGAGGCAGGGGAGCAGCUCUGCACCGGCUUCUACUCCACCAACACAACGACCAACCACAGUGUCAGUGUGUGUGUCCGGGUGAGGGAGUGUGUGUUGAGUUGAGAGGCAGACAUAAACACACACACACACAGAAACAGGCAGCAGAAGGCUUGUUGCAGACUCAUAAAUCAGAUAGACAGGUGAGUCAGGUAAGCCAGGUAACACUACUCUCUGAUGAUGGAGGACUACACGCUGCCCUUCUGGAUUUACCUCACCGUCCUCACUGUCUUCAUCGGCGGGGCCAUGAAGAAGAUGAUCUUGGCGUCUCACCUGAGCGCCGCCUCCACUCUGGUGGCCUGGCUGGGGGCCACGGUGCUGGUGGAGAGGCUGUGGGCGUUCUGCCUGCCGGCCGCUGUGCUGCUGGCCCUGCUUGGACUCACCUGGUGCCUCUACUCAUCCAUCACGUCCAGGCCGUUACCCCUCCUUCCUGCACAGGGAAAGGCUGUCUUCAUCACAGGCUGUGAUUCUGGCUUCGGGAAGGCAACAGCUAAGCACCUGGAUGCCCUCGGCUUUGAGGUGUUCGCCACCGUGUUGGACAUGUCAGGAGAGGGAGCCAGGGAGCUCCAGAGGACCUGCUCCCCCCGCCUCACCCUCCUUCAGGUGGACAUCACCCAGCCUCAGCAGGUCCAACAGGCCCUACUGGACACCAAGGCCAAACUGGGCCUCAAAGGUCUUUGGGGUUUAGUGAACAACGCCGGAGUGUGUGUGAACUUUGGAGACUCUGAGUUAUCGCUGAUGUCGAACUAUCGCGGCUGUAUGGAGGUGAACUUCUUCGGUACGCUGAACAUCACAAAGAGCUUCCUGCCUCUACUGCGACAGGCCAAGGGUCGCAUCGUCACCAUAUCCAGCCCAGCCGGUGAUCACCCGUUUCCCUGCCUGGGGGCGUACGGAUCGUCUAAAGCGGCGCUCAACCUAUUCAUGAACACGCUACGACACGAGCUCGUACCCUGGGGCGUUCAGGUCUCCACCAUUUUACCAUCCUCAUACAAGACAGGUCAGUCCAGUAACACAGCCUACUGGGAGCAGCAGCACAAACAGCUGAUACAGAGUCUACCGCCGGCGCUCCUCGAAGACUACGGCGAGGACUACGUGAGCGAGACCAAGGAGCUCUUCCACACCUACGCCAGGAACGCCAACCCGGACUUCAGCCCGGUCAUCAACACCAUCACACAGGCGCUGCUGUCGCCGCAGCCAAGGGUUCGCUACUUCGCGGGGCCCGGGGUCGGCUUCAUGUACUUCAUCCACAGCUACUUCCCCUUCAGCCUCAGCAACAAGUUCCUCCAGAAACUGUUUGUGAAAAAGAAGCUGAUGCCUCGCGCUCUGAGGAAACAGUCUGGGUUCGACAUGGACCUGAACCUCCACAAUAACAACAACAAUAACAACGAGGAGAAACUCAUCAAGUAGCCUGAGAGCCACAGUAGAAGUAUCACGAGCUAGAGGACCACUUCUGUAACGCACUCAUAGAGUUGUAUCCUAUCGUGCAUUGUUCUGGUUUUGUAUUUUUAAAACUGUUGAAGGGAUCAUAGUGAUGCACCAAAAUGUUUUUUUUUUGUUUUUGUUUUGUUUCUUUACUGCUUGGCCUUGUGACUGCUCCAACGGACAGUGAAGAAGACACUUCAAAGUCAGGGGUCUGGAUUAAUCGUAGAACUCAGUCGUAGAUCCAUCGGUGAACGUCACCUCCAUCGGCGAGAUCAGCUGUACUGUACCAAGAGCGACACCACACAGACUUCAUGUGCCUUUUAUCACAAACUAGAAAAGGCAAAAAAAAAAAAAAAAAGAGAGAAAAUUCCACCUAAAGAGAAAAAAGUAACCCCAAGAAAAGAUGUCAUCAGUGUAACCAAGGGUAUGUACAAUAUUUGUGAACCAAAAACAUGUUUCAUCCCAGCAGGUAUAUUUGGGUGUGUUUCGAUAUUUUGGUGUUUUAUGAUACAGCUGUGUGGAAUACUACACAGUCUGUUUUUGAUGUGUAACAGAGUCAUUUUUAGGCCUAAGAGCUCUGUGUUUGACCCCUGCCAGUACAUCUGGGAGCAGGAGAAUCAACCUAACACAUGUUUUUUUGAUCUUGGACCCCGAGGAAAUCACCACAACAAGGAGACUGAACCCAGAACCUUCAUUUAAUGUAUUUUCGUCUAUUCAUUAAUCAACAGAAACAUAAACUGUAAUAUGGAGUAAGACAUCAGGGCUAAUUUACAUCUGUUAAAGGUUAACUCAAUUAUUAUCCAUGUAGGGUAAUACACUGAUACACAGGUUCAUGUUAAAGACACCAGGGCUUGUAUAUAAUGUAUUAACAAAUUUCUGUUUGCUGCUUUUUUUUUUUUACCUCCAAUCUGUGAAGGAGUGUAGAUGACCUUACCUUAACCCAACCCAGUGAUGAGACUGAAAAUCCAAAUGGAACUCCAGAGUGCCUCAGUAGUUGUUUUUCCAUUUAAAAAAAAAAAAAAAAAAAAAAAAAAAAAAAAAA